AUGCCUUCCGCUGUCACCAAGCCAGUCCUCCCUCCUCUUCAGACUACAAAGAGUGCCUCCCUUCCCUCCGAGAUAGUUGAGACACCCCUCUCUGCGCGCAUCUCUGCGGUCAUCAAGCAGGAGCAAUGUCUCAAGACUCCGAUUACCCCGCCCGCAGCUUAUACGGACUAUCUGAAGGCACUCACUCCGGUGCUUGCUAGUCCUCCCACCAGCGCCCUCGCUCGAUCCAUGUCUGAUGAGUCUACUGCCACGAGAGACAGUGUCACUUCAAACCCAGCAUCGGCGAAGAGCGAAGAGCAGAAGUCUCCACAAAGCAACGGCUCUCAGCCGCCAACUCCCUAUCGCCGUACCUCCUCGGGAUUGCGACGACUACGUAUCCCUCACUCGCCAGCGUACUCUCCCAGCACCUGUGGGCCGUCUCCGCGGACAACCAUGAGCAGUCUACCUUCAGGCAGCGCUAUAUACUCCCCUUUCUCCCCCGCUGACUGGAGCCUUGACUCUGCAUCGCGCAAGUACUUUGAUGCUCCGCGAAGCGCAUGCAGCAAGCCGGUCACUGUCAGAUCGACUGUCACGAGAACUGUCACAUACAAAAGAUCACCACCCCUGGAUCCUGCUCCCAAGGGCAAGAGACGAAAGCUCGAAGAAGCAUCAGAAAUGCCCCCACCAUCAGCAACGAGCCCUGCACCACCUACUGCUGUUGCGUGA